UCCUCCCUCUCCCCUAUCCCUUCCUCCCUCCUCUUUGGCAUCCUUCAUCCCUGGGCCCACCAUGGGAGGAUGCUUCUCUAAACCCAAGCCAGUUGAAGUGAAAGUGGAACUCUCUCUCCUGGACAAAGAAAAAGAGGUGGACGGCCUGUCGCCCAACGGAAAAGCCAGUCCCUUUGCUGACUGCAGACCUAACGGGGCCCUGGGACACGGCUCUGAUGACGACUCCACACCGCUCACACUCGGCCACAAAUCGCGUGACUACGUGGAGGCCUCCGUGUGUCACGUUAAAGACAUGGAAAACGGACAAAUGAGGGAGGUUGACCUGGGAUGUGGCAGAGCUUUGUUGAUCAAAGAACACGGAGAGUUUUCAGCUAUGGGCCACAAAUGUUCACAUUAUGGAGCCCCCCUGGUUAAAGGUGUGCUAUCCAAAGGACAUGUGCGAUGUCCCUGGCACGGUGCCUGUUUCAACAUUUCAACAGGAGACAUCGAGGACUUUCCAGGUCUGGACGGUCUCCCUACCUUCCAGGUCAGAGUGGAAAAGGACAAGGUGAUCAUUCGUGCAAACAAGCAAGCACUUCAGUCACAGAAAAGACCUAAACCUAUGGCCCGAUGUUCAGCAGUCAUCAACUCCAGCUCAGGCUUCAGUCAUGUGCUCAUCAUUGGCUCAGGUCCAGCAGGUUUGGUGUGUGCAGAGACACUGAGGCAGGAGGGCUUCACUGAUCGCAUUGUGAUGUGCACCAUGGACAGACAUCCUCCAUACGACAGGCCUAAACUGAGUAAGUCUUUAGAGAGCACAGCAGAGCAGCUGAGGCUGCGCUCCCGGGACUUCCUGCAGGACCACGACAUUGAACUGUUCACGGAGAAAGAGGUUGUAGCCGUGGAUGUUAAGGGUCGAAUGGUGAUGUUCGAAGACGGCUUGAGGAUGGAGUACAGGAAACUUUUUAUUGCCACAGGCAGCAAACCAAAACCAAUGAGCUACAAGGGUAAAGACGUCAGGAAUGUGUUUCAUCUCCAGACACCGGAGGAUGCAAACAGCAUAGCAAAGCUGGCCAACAACAAGAAUGCUGUGGUUGUUGGGACGUCGUUUGUUGGAAUGGAGGUGGCUGCAGCUCUGACUGAUAAGGCCCACUCAGUGUCUGUCAUCGGGAUCGAGCUCGUUCCCUUUAAAAAAGCUCUCGGGGAGAAAGUAGGGAAAGUCAUAAUGAAGCUGUUUGAGACGAACAGGGUGAAGUUUUACAUGCUGAACGAGGUGUCAGAGAUGAUUGGCCAUCAUGGACAGCUGAAAGAGGUUGUGCUCAAGAGCGGGAAAGUCCUGCGGGCAGAUGUGUGCGUCAUCGGAGCAGGAAGUGUUCCCGCCACCAGCUUUUUAAAGCAGAGCGGUAUUCACAUGGACUCCAAGGGCUUCAUUGUUGUGAACAAGACAAUGCAGACAAACGUUGACGGGGUCUUUGCUGGAGGAGAUGUGGCGAUGUUUCCUUUCCCGCCACGCAACAACAAGAAGGUGAACAUCCCUCACUGGCAGAUGGCCCACGUGCACGGCAGGGUGGCAGCUCUCAGCAUGAUGGGCAGAACCACUGAGAUCCAAACUGUGCCUUACUUCUGGUCGGCCAUGUUUGGGAAGACCAUUCGCUAUGCAGGUUACGGUGAUGGAUUUGAUGAUGUCAUUAUUCAAGGAGAUCUGGAUGAACUGAGAUUUGUUGCAUUUUAUACCAGGAGUGAGGAGGUUGUCGCUGUCGCCAGCAUGAACUAUGACCCCAUCGUGUCCCGAGUGGCAGAGGUCCUGCGAUCCGGAAAGACCAUUAAGAAGCGAGACGUGGAGACUGGAGACAUAUCCUGGUUGAUUGACAAAGGCGCUCAAUGACUUCACAUCUAAAGUUCCCGCAAGAUGGACUAAAGUCUACUGGACACCUCAGUAUGGACACAUUUGGUGCUGAGACACUGAGCAGCUAAAACAUUUUACUUACACACACACAGGCACAUGACUGUGUCUACCAGAGACACUGACCACAGGACAACAGCUCGUUUUGUUGCUGGAAGACUCUUAAACGUGACAAACUGACCCGAACACGGUGCCAAUCGCUGUGUGGGCAGGUUUGAAUGUUUCAAAGCAAUAUUGGUUUCAGCCUUUGUGCUGCUCCAAGUUGUAUCUAUGUACCCUUUGUUAAUAA